UGCAUUUACAGAAUUCCUUGCAACAUUGAAAAGAAGUUAAGGACUUGCCUACUGCACAUACUGAAAGUAUAGUUACAUAAUGGCAGAUGCCCGAGAUCGAACUCCUCGCACACGCUCAAGAGCAGAUCAGAAGACGUUUAAACCUUCCCCCAAACGAAAGAGUCCUAGACUGUCUUCUCCAAAGCAAACGAAGCUAGCGGGAGAUGCUCGAGUGAACAUUGGAUCAGCGUUUGAAACGUGGAGUGAAGUGAAGGCCUCAAAAGGAUUAAAAAGUGAUGCAGAGUUGGCUCUUACUCUACUCGAUAAAAUGAAGAGGUUACCAACCAAUUCAGAUUCCUCUGGACCCAGUAAGAAAAAGAUCAAGUUAUCCCAAUCUGAAGUGCAGACGCUGAUCGAGCAGGAGGUUCAAACUGCACUGAAAAAGAAACAAAACAAGCUGCUGGGUUUAAUAGGAACGAUUCAAGAGCAGGAUGAAUCACUGGACUACAAAAGCUCCAUCCAAAAACUGGAGGAGCGGAUGAACACAGUAACCAGGAGAGCGGAAGCAGCCAUCGCCUUCAUGACAAAGACACAUAAAGAGAACCCACAGCCAUCUCUGGAUAAUGUCAAGAUUAAAAGGGAAGACUCUGCCAAAGAUAAGAAAAUCCCACCUGGUUUCAAAAGCGACAUUGAGAGCAUGGAAAAGAGAGUGGAGUUCUUAAAUAUGAUGAAAAGCACCAAAACGGGAUUAACAAAGAUGCAAGAAGACAAUGAAUCUUUGAAGGCUGUCAUAGCCAAACAGAAGCUGCCUCCUCCGGUUCCUACUCCUAACGGCUCUUCUGACUGCAAGGAGUCACUUAUUAAGAAAGAGCCGGAUGUGGAGGAGUCAAAGCAGUCUGUGGAGGAGUCAAAGCAGUCUGUGGAGGAGUCAAAGCAGUCUGUGGAGGACUCAAAGCAGUCUGUGGAGGAGUCAAAGCAGUCUGUGGAGGACUCAAAGCAGUCGGUGGAGGAGUCAAAGCAGUCGGUUGAACUAAAGGCUGUGAUGGUGAAAGAAGAAAAUCUUUCUAGUGACCAUAGCAGACCCAAUCCAACGAACACCGAGCAGGACGAACUCUAUUCGUAUCCUCCUCUGCCCUCAACAAACUUUCCCUCCAUCCUAAGCAUCGAGGUGGCUUCAUACAACCUCCCCGGGAGACCGAAAGUGAAUGUGGCUCUCAUCAAGAACCCCGUCGGCCUCUCUGUGCUCUGGAGCGUGGAGGAUAAAGACCCCUCAGCAGCACCGCCCAUGGAUAGUUACGGCCUCUUCAUGACUAUGGAGAAGGUAAAGGGUAGCGGCGUCUUUCCAAGUUGGACAGCCCUUGGUGAGGUGGCAGCCGUCCCACUACCCAUGUGUGUUAUGAUCAGUAAGUACAAGCCAGGCCACACGGUGUGUGUCGCUGUCAUUGGCAAGGACAAGUUUGGCCGGUACGGACAAUACAGUACAGUUGUGAACGCAACCAUACCCGACCAGAAAGACCAAUAACAGCUACUUCAAGGAUUUUCCACAUGAAGGACCUUAUUUUAUUUUUUUGCAUUUUUCUUUUGGCAUUUUCUUUUAUUUUUUUAUAAAACAAUUUGUAUCUUGUGGAUUUAGUAACUUGACUAAUAUAGGUAUUCUGAUUCUGAUCUCUAUACAUGUAAUUAAAUAAAGAGCAUCAAAAGGAUACAGAUCAUUUUUGUUGUUGUUGUGCCUUAAAGCAAUCACUCAUGUUUUUUAAUUAUUAUUUAAGGAAUAUCAAAUAGAAUAGAAUUGCACCCAAUGUAUAUAGAGACUCCCCUACUGUCCUCCAGCAAUGUUUGCAUAACCAAUGGAAGCAGUAUUAAUGUGUACACCUUUUCUGGCCAUUUAUGCAGGAAUCGGUUAAGCCAAAAGUGGUUAAGCCUUAUUUGGGAUCAAUUGAUCAAUAUUUUUACAAUGUAAUAAGCUUUUAUUGUUCAUUGAGUUACUAAAGUUGUAAAUGUUUUAUUGUAUGUUCUGAAUGGUCACUUGUUGAAUUAAAAAGUAGAAAUCUUUAA